AAGCAGUACAUGUACAUGCAUCAUUUCCAAGAAAACACCACAAUACUUCCUUCAUUAAAGUGUUUGUUUGUUUUUUGUUUUUUAACGCGGUUCAAAGGAAGCUACUCACUGUCCACUUCCUGUUCACACUGCGUGCUGUAACCAUGGCAACCCCCCAGUAGGACACCGCGGAGACACAAUGGCGUUGAAUGAAGCCGUCGUCUUCAGAGGGAGCGUGACGUCACCCAGAUUGGGCGUGGUCAGAGAGUCUAUGCUAACCAAUCCAUUGCUGAUCAAGGCACGUGUGGGUCAGAUCGGUUCCAGAGGUCUUUAUGUUCCUGGUCCAGAUUUCACUUGUGGAGCUGGCAGUACACAAGGAAAUGGGGGCGUGGCUGAAGUUCUGUCGGGGUGGAGGGUCCAGUCCCAACAACAAAGCUCCGCCCCCCGUCAACCGCGCACCCCAGAUUUUGUGGCCCUCAACCGGGAUGCGGUCCGAUGCGGGCUGGUGACGGCCAAACAACUGAAGGAGUACAGAGCGCAAAGGGCCAAGCAGGACCCUGACCCCAAAGUCCAGAGGGUGAGAACUUCCCAGCAUCCGGCUAUCCCCGACAUCACCUUUGGAAUCAACACCACCAGGUCGGCGUCUCCAUUCUUUGAUCUUUUGUCUCAUGAGUACGGUCGUCGUUGGCGGGAAGACAUCAUGAAACGGAGUCGUGACGGUGAACGAUUUAAGAGGGGGCAGUGUGGUUUCCCCAUUGAGACAAGGACUUCUUUAUUGAGGAGGAGCGCGCGUUUUCCCCACGCCAACACGCAGGUGCAAUGUGGUUCCUUUGAAGACUCGAGGACUACUUCAGUGCGAAGGAGCACACGUCUUCCUCAUAGCAACAAACAAAGUGUCUACACUCAGGUAACUCACACAAAAGACGAUAGCUUUGCCUUCUAUCACUGCUCUUUCUUUACCAAGAUGGUUCUGCCUCAACCGCCUUUCCACCUUGUGCUGCAGCUUCUCUCAAACAAAGUCCAUAGAUACUAGAACUCGCCGACUCGGGGCAAGACCUCACUACCAACCCCACGGCUACAAUCCACUCAUUCCCGGCUGAGAACCACAGCCUCAGCAAAUUCUUCCUCCACCCGUGUUUUCGCUUCGACCACCGCCAAAACCUGACGCUGCUUUGCCUGCUGAGAUCCAGCAGCUUCUUCAGCCUGGUGGCUUCCCUAACCUCUGGUGCCCUCCAUUGAGUUCGGGAUCCAAUGCCAUGCAGAAAAAGCUUUGCUGGAGGUGUGAGUUGAAGACUCAACAAACGGG